AUGGUGGUACCAAUAUCAAUACUAACACUAUAUCUAGUGUACCUUCUCUCGCUAGUAACUGGGGAAAUGUGCUCCAAGGCUGUACCGGUACCAAGACCGGCAAAAAGGGUACAUGUGUUAAAACGUAUACCAGCAGCUUGUUCGAAUUGGGAUAAAUCAUGGACAUGGCUGACCAAAGUUGAUUGUGGAACAAAAUACAAAUUAGACUAUGUUACUGUUGCACCAAAAGAAAUAUUGAAGUAUAAAUUGACUUAUGUGUGCUGUAAUGGUGAUACCAAUUGCCAAAAAGGUCACCAGGUGUCCGGAUUUGAUACUUCAGAUGAAAAGUUCCUGGCUAUUGUUUUGGGUUCUACAGCAGCUGCCGUUCUAAUCCUGAUUAUUGUUAUCACCAUUAGUGUGUGUCACAAGAGACGUGGAAUACAGUGUCCAUUAUUUUGUGAAGAUACAAAUCAUACGUAUGAGACACCUGAUGAUGAUGUAAAUGAAUCUAAUGGUGAAGGUGAACUAGAUAUAGGUGAUAAUGGUGCUAAAAUUCCUGAGGCUAUGUAUGAAGAAAUAGCAGACUACAAGAAAGAACCUGCUAUAGAAAAAGAUGAGGAACUACCCCGCUAUACUGACUUAUUUAAAGAAAAAUUAACUAAAAAUGAUUUAUUGGAGGCCCCUGACCCCUUCAAUAAUGCUACCGCCCCUCCCCUUACCCCUGACAAACGUGAAACCGAUUAUAAUUCUGAACAAAAUGUGACCCAGGUGAAGGAAGUUUUAUCAGGAACUGCCAAAAUAUUACAAAAAUCUCCACCCACGGGCAAAAAUUCCGACUCAAAAGACAUAAGCUACUAUAACUGUGAUGAUAAUAAAAAUGAUUUUAAAAGUGCUGAUAUAUCUCCAUCCUUGUUACAUCCUAAACAAGACUCAGACUCAAUAUCCAAUGUGUCAAAUUGCUCAACCUAUGAACAAUUAUUAGAUCCAGUUAUCAGAGAGAAAGCUGAGAUCCAUGAAUAUCAGGGACUCUUAGAGAAGAACCAUUCUUGUGAUAAUGUGAUAGAUGAAACAACAAGACUAACUUCUGAACCUAGUUCUCCUUCUUUACAUUCACCUAAUGGACGUGUUGAUGUGGCAAAUUGUUGA